AUGAAGCUGCUGAAGCCGAGCUGGGUGAGCCACAACGGCAAACCUAUAUUUUCUGUUGACAUCCACCCUGAUGGGACAAAAUUUGCAACUGGUGGGCAAGGAGAGGAUUCUGGCAAGGUGAUGAUCUGGAACAUGGCGCCAGUCCUCAGAGAGGAAGACGAGAAGAAUGAAAAUAUUCCCAAAAUGCUUUGCCAGAUGGACAAUCACCUAGCGUGUGUGAACUGUGUGCGCUGGUCCAACAACGGGCUGUACCUGGCAUCAGGAGGGGACGACAAGCUGGUCAUGGUGUGGAAGAGAGCUGCAUUCAUUGGUCCGAGCACAGUGUUCGGGUCGAGCAGUAAGCUGGCCAACGUUGAGCAGUGGAGGUGUGUCACCAUCCUGAGGAACCACACUGGAGAUGUGAUGGACGUGGCGUGGUCUCCUCAUGACGUGUGGCUGGCCUCCUGCAGCGUGGACAAUACCAUUGUCAUCUGGAACGCUCGCAAAUUUCCAGAGAUGGUGACAUGUCUGCGAGGACACACUGGGUUAGUUAAAGGUCUGACGUGGGAUCCAGUGGGGAAAUACAUCGCCUCCCAGGCCGACGACCACAGCCUCAAAGUGUGGAGGACGGUGGACUGGCAGAUGGACGCCAACAUCACUAAACCCUUCAGCGAGUGCGGCGGGACAACCCACGUCCUGCGUCUGUCGUGGUCUCCAGACGGUCAGUACCUGGUGUCGGCCCACGCCAUGAACAACUCCGGUCCCACCGCUCAGAUCGUGGAGAGAGAUGGCUGGAAGACUAAUAUGGACUUCGUGGGCCACCGUAAAGCUGUCACUGUGGUGAAAUUCAACCCAAAGAUCUUUAAGAAGAAGCAGAAGAACGGCAGCUCUCCAAAACCCGGCUGUCCGUACUGCUGCUGUGCUGUCGGCAGCAAAGACCGUUCGCUCUCCGUCUGGCUGACCUCUCUAAAGCGCCCCCUUGUGGUCAUCCAUGAUCUGUUCGAUAAAUCGAUUAUGGACAUUUCCUGGACUCUGACAGGUCUGGGGAUGUUGGUGUGUUCGAUGGAUGGCACUGUGGCCUACCUGGACUUUUCACUGGAUGAACUGGGGGACCCGCUGAACGAGGAGGAGAAGAACAGCAUCCACCAGAACAUCUACGGUAAGAGUCUGGCUAUAACCAGCACUGAGGCUCAGCUUUCCACCACCAUCAUCGAGAACCCUGAGAUGCUCAAAUACCAGCAGGAGAGACAGAACUCGGCCCAGGCCAACUCAGGACCGGGCAGCGUCGGGCCAGAAUCCUCAGCUCCCAAACUCAACAGUAUGAUGAACGGAGAGUCUCUGGAGGACAUCAGGAAGAACCUUCUGAAGAAGCAGGUGGAGACAAGAACUGCAGACGGCAGAAGACGAAUCACACCGCUCUGUAUCGCUCAGCUGGACACAGGGGAUUUCUCGCCGGCUCUGUUCAACAGCGCUCCCAUCCUGCCCUCAGGCUCCUCCAUGUCCAACCAGCUCACCCCUCAGCUCAGCUCAGACUCCAGCCCAGGACAAGCCUCUUCUCUGGGGCUUAAGCCCAGCCACGACCUUAUGCUCACCUCGCCUCCAGCCAGCAGUGCCGGCAAGGGCCUGGAGGACAACAAGGAUGGUGUGAAGUCGUGUCUGCUGCUCACUUCUGCCUCCAAGAUCGAGCCAAUGAAAGCUCUGGACUCCAGGUUCACAGAGAGGUCAAAGGCCACACCGGGGGUAACAGUCGUCCUCUCCUCCACCGCUGGAAUCAUGCCUCUCGACAGCAGGCCCAAAGAAGGCAUCUCCGCCCUGAAAGAUGUAAAAACAAAAGAAGAGACCAGCAGCGACAGCGAGGACAAGAUGGCCGCCAUCAACAAAAACCUGUCGUUCAGCAAGAGGAAACCCGAGCUGCUGAUGGAUGGAGGAGAGGUGGUGGAGAAGAGGAAGAAGGGACGGCCGAGGAAAGACAAGAUUGUCACUCCCAUCACCCAACCCUUCACUCAGAUAACCCCUCCAGCAGAGCGGGAGCCCAGUAGGGUGGCAGCUCCUUCAGUUCCUGUAGCUGCUCUCAAACUACCAACACCAAAUAUAAAGAAGGCCUUCAGUCUGCAGGUGAGCAUGGACCCGUCAAUGUUCCUGGAGGUGGAGAACGAGGUGUCUGUUGUAGCGGGUUCGAAGCUCAGCCAGCUGCGAUGCUCCAGAGACGGACGAGACUGGAACACACUGCUGCCCAGCUCAGUGCUCACUGCUGCAGGGAGCAGCGACGUCCUCGCCGUCGCCUGUCAGGACAGGAUGUUGUCAGUGUUCUCUUGCUGUGGGCGGCGGCUUCUUCCGGCCAUUCAGUUGGCCACGCCUGUGUCGGCUCUGCACUGCUCUGCACACUUUGUCAUGGUUCUGACUGCUGGAGCGACGCUGUCGGUCUGGGAUGUUCAGAAACAGAAGGCUCUGGUGAAGAACGAGUCUCUGCUGACCAUUUUAUCUGGUGCUGACACCACAGUGUCUCAGUCUCUGCUGACUCAGCAGGGAGUUCCAGUCAUUGGACUCUCCAAUGGGAAGUCCUACUGCUUCAGCUCCUCACUGGAGACAUGGACUCUGAUAGCAGAUAAAGGAGACUCUCUGGUCCAGUGUGCUGACUUCAGAAGCUGCCUACCUACCCAAGAUGCACCUGUGUCCUCAGGGCCGCUGGCUGUCAUGCAGGGACGCAACCUGAAUGCUGGUCGGCUGGCGUCCCGCCUGUCCUCCACCCCUCACCACCUGCAGCAGAGCAUGACCUUGGCCUUCCUGGAGAAUCAGCUGGCAUCUGCUCUGACUCUGCAGUCGGCACAGGAGUAUCGCUACUGGCUGCUCAUCUACGCCCGAUUCCUUGUCAAUGAAGGCUCAGAGUAUCGACUCAGAGAACUCUGUAAGGAGCUGCUGGGCCCCGUCCACAAAUCAGCGAGUACAGCCUGGGAGCCCAACACUCUGGGUCUACGUAAGCGGGAGCUACUGCAGGAGGUUUUACCCGUCAUCGGUGAAAACCUGCGGUUCCAGAGACUGUUCACUGAAUACCAGGACCAGCUGGAGCUGCUGCGUAACAAAUAACACACGGCUAUAGACGUACACGGAGACACACAGACUGACACAAACACAUGGACUCAUCAUGAAACCUGUUUGGCUUGUCCCGGUUCUGGUAAACGCUGACUGGGAAGCUUGAUAUGCAGUUCUGGCUGAAAACCCCACCCUGGUGUUUUGUGAUAACAGCCUUUAAUAACAGCCGGUCUGCAGCUUUUCAAGCUCGGGGACUUUUCAGUGCUGUCGCCCACUGGGAAUGAGUGGGUGCUCAGUUUUUUUUCUAAUCACAAUCUUAGUUUGAACAGUUGUCUUUUCUUUUUCUCCUCUGCUAAAUGUGUUUUUGACCUAUGCACCUCUGUCCUGUACUCCUAAUCAUGGACUUAAAAAGAUUAACUUAAGAGAGACAGUGAUAGAAAGGUCGCAGGUUUGAUUCCUGCCCCAUGCGGCUUCAGCAGCAGUGUGUCCCAUUGAGUCUUUUCCUCCUCAGAGAGAAACAGGCAGGGGUGAGAUGCUCGUAAAAGAAAAAUAUGAAUCCGAAUGGGUGUAAAUGAGCAAUAUGCUUGUACCAAAGUGUUGCCUUCAAGUGUAGAAAUAACCACAAACCUGUGUCUGCAAGGUGAGAGGAAUCAUGGAACUCCAGAGAGGUUCAACCAGGUUAUAAAGGCUGAAUCUGAGUGCACUGGCUGUCUUCAAAAGCAGCAGUGCCAAUACCAAAAUGUGAAGUCACAGCGACAAAGAUUAUUAAAAUAUAGACCACUGCUGGAAAUUAGGAUGAACCUCUGGGAAAUGGAGACAAAAGGGAUUUCAGAUAUUUAAGUCAACUUGGAGGUAAUUCUAACCUGCUAAAGCAUUCACAUGCAAUUCAAAGAGCUUUUAAAGCAGUUCAGAUAUUAUGAGAAGCACAGCAGCCGAAUUUAUAUUGUGACUGAAUUUAAACAAACAAACAAACGACUCAGCCAACAUGCACACAAAGCCAAAUAAAUAAUUAAUAAGUAAGAAAACGAAAUGGCACUUAAGUCGGAUUAUCAGGUUAUCGCAACGCAGGAGCACCUUGUGCACUAGUGUGGGUGAGUCACAUCUUGAUCUGCAACUAUUUUAGACAUCACUACAAGCUGUCGAUACCUGACGCCAUUUCUACUGAUGUUUUUGUUACCAAUUAAGAUUCAAAACGAAUCCAUUUUUUUACCUGAUCUUCAUCAGCACCUCUAACAUCUAGACCAUCAAAUAUUUUGAAGCUGUUUUGUCAACCAAGGACUUAAAAUAAUGUGUGUACUUAAAAAGUCACGUUUGUAUUGUGAAUUAAUUUAGAAGCCAACUCCGUUUUCAGGCAGGUCUUAACCUUCAUCAUGACAUCACAGAUUAUAUCCUAUUUACUCUAUAUCCUAUUGUCUCCUGUCUCUCUGCAGGUGUUCAAGAAAACACUCAGAAAGGCAGAAAAGCAGAAUUAUUUUCUUCUAAAUACUCUGAUAUGAGACUCUGAGACCUUUUCGACCUCUUUUACUGUAAACUUGUGCCCCAGUCACAUCCAAACACGUGUAUUGUAAAUAUCCGUAGCAGCCGUGCUGGGCUUCUGUAUAUCCUACUGGUCUUCAAGGUAAUAUUAUGUGCAUCAAACAGGCCUCUGAGGUGAUCAAAGACAAAAUUCUCUCUUAUUUGUUAUAGUUUGACAAACCAUCAACUCUGCUCACAGCAGCUUUUUUUUACGCAUUAAAUCUGACAAAAAUGUUUUGUGGUUUGUUAAACGUGCGAUUGUAGGAUCGUCUUAUUCUUGAAAUUAUGUGAACAUUUCAUCAGACCAGGCUGUGAUCAGAGGACCAGUGGAGAAAUGAUAUAUAUAUAUAUAUAUAAAUAUAUAAAAUAUAUAUAUAU